CUGGACUGUUGUUCACUUGCUAUCAUGUCUAUGUACCGAAAUGCCGUCUGGUUUUUGAAUGGAAUCCACCAGUAUACAAGGAAGGGUUACGAUGCUGCGUCUAUUGACUUUGAGCCCAACGACCUGGAUGUGUCCGUCGUUGGACGAUCUUUUAUGAUCACUGGAGCCAACAGUGGAAUUGGCAAAGCAACAGCCAUGGCUAUAGCCAAAAAAGGUGGCACAGUCCACAUGGUGUGUAGGAACAAAGACAGAGCAGAGGAGGCCAGGUCUGAAAUCAUUUCUGAGUCCGGGAACACGGAGGUGUAUAUCCAUGUUUUGGAUAUGUCCCAAUCUCACAAAGUCUGGGAAUUUGCAGAAAACUUCAAGAAGCAGUAUCCAUCACUGAAUGUGUUGAUAAACAAUGCAGGGUGCAUGGUGCACAAGAGGGAGCUUAACGCAGAGGGCCUUGAGAAGAACUUUGCGACCAACACCAUGGGCGUUUAUAUCCUCACGCAGACUCUUAUACCACUUCUGCAGAAGAGCCGUGAUCCCAGAGUGAUCACUGUGUCCUCAGGGGGCAUGCUGGUCCAGAAGCUCAGAGUGGAUGACUUGCAGUCAGAGAGCGGUUACUUUGAUGGUCUCAUGAUCUAUGCACAGAACAAGAGACAGCAGGUGGUGCUAACACAACAGUGGGCCGUAGACAACCCUGCCAUUCACUUCUCAGUCAUGCAUCCAGGCUGGGCAGACACACCAGCCGUUUCCACGUCGAUGCCUCAGUUCCACCAGAUGAUGGGGGACCGGCUGCGCACCGUGGAACAAGGGGCCGACACUGUUGUGUGGUUAGCCCUGUCCCGGGCUGCGGCCAGAACCCGCAGCGGACAGUUCUUUCAGGAUCGCAAGGUGGUUUCUGACCACCUCCCUCUGGCCUGGACCCGCAGCUCUGCUGAAGAGAUUCAAGCUUUUAUAAGUCAGCUGGAAACUCUGGCCAAAGCUGUUCAGUCACAGGGUGAUGUGGAUGUCAAUGGACCUCUGGUCCCUCCGCGGCCAUCCUUUGUCUAGAUUCUGUUACACCACGUGCCUCUAACUAAACAAAAAGUGUUAAGAACGUGCCUGUUCAGUCUUGUGCACCUCCUAACUCAGUGCAUUUUACAGAUGGCUGUGUAUUAAAAGAUGUUGCAUGAUCUGACUUGUGCCACUAGCACCCUUUUUUCUGAAUCUCAGAUUUUUUCUUUUAACAAAAAACAAGCCACUGAUUUCAGUUGAAAAUUUCCAAAGCAGUUUACC